AUGGGCCUGUCCGGCCUUCAACAUGAUCCAGAGGAUUGGCCUCUUCCACUUUCCCGGCGAGAAAGUACUCUGUCCUCAUCAACCCAAUCGUCCGGCCAGAUCAGUCCAGGCACCUCGCCUUUCACUUCGCACCCUCUCAGCAGAACGGCUUCCUCUGUAGGCUCGCGAUCGAGAGAAGCCUCGUGCUACUCGCUACACGAGGAAGUCAUCCACAUCCCGCUCAACAAUCAUGUCACCAUUACUUUCGUGCGAAGUAACAAACUAUUCAAACUCCGUUAUACCUACAUCGACGUACGCAAGGAUACUACUGGCAGCCUCAGGUGCCUGGAGCUUGGAGGUGGCCCUGGCCAGCAAACCCCAUUAAUUCAUACCUUUAACGAGUCGAAAAUCCCCGUCCCACACUUAGAACAUCCUAAACGCCCCAACGAACCCUCGCUACGGAUCUCUUUCAUGGAAGAGCAGACCGUACAAUCCGCACAGACCGUGUUUACGACCCAAUUAUCAUACCAAUUUGAAGAAGAAAGAGACUGUAUUCAGUUUCAGGAGAUCAUUCUAGCAUCCAAAUUAGUCUUUCUUGCUGGCAUCGCAGAAGCCAAGUCGAAAGGCCGUGGAGAGGAGUGCAUCAGCCAGAACCUACGUAUCCUCCGCGGACCCAAUGGCAAGCAAGUCAUGCUAUUUUUCGCCAAUUCUCAGCGGAAAGACUUAAAGCGCUACGUGAAAGUACCAGUGAACUGCAUUGACAGUUUUAAUCCCGGCAAGAAGCCAGGGCGGCCUGUAGUAAUACAGCUCCAACCUAAUUUUGAUAUCCUAACUCAAAUGAAGACGCUGCAGAUCCAGUUCCUGGACGAUACAGGUAUGCUCCCUUGUGCACGUUCGAAACCUCUCCCCAGGCUGAGUAAUGAAUGACCUGGUCUAGAUCGAAUAGCGUUUUGCCAGUUUCUGAGCGAUCACAUCAAGUGAGAAGGAGAGAGGGGACGAUAGCAUUGCGAUUGCAUAAUUUAAGGAGAAGGGGGAAGGAGGAGGAUUGAAUUGCCUCGCGCGACCGUGGCCACCACGUGUGUCCCACUGUAUAAAGUCGCUGCUAGGCUCAUUAUGUGGGUCGAAGGAUCUUUGUUUCGUAUCCAGGUCGCACUAGUCUUCUGGUUUUUCAUUCUGUUCACUUGCCACGACAUUUCAUGUAUCAUUUUUAUACCCGUGUCGGCAGUCAUUAGAGAAAGCGCUCUGUUUUUGUUUUUUUUUUUUUUUUUUUUUUU